AUGUACCAAGGACUCGAACGUCUCAAAGGCAUCGAAGUCGUGCAAGUAGCCAACAUCAAACCACAAACCGCACUUCCCGAAACAGAACAGCGAAGGACAUUUUCAAGACCUGAAGGCUGUCAACCACAAUACCACAACUUUCCAAACCCUCAUCAUUCCCAAAUCUCAGCCCCACCAUCGACCCCAUCUCUGCCCCUCCAUGCAUCCGUCCCUGCCCCGCGCCCCGCCCCUCAAAAAUCCUCACGAAAACCCUCAUCCUCCGCAAUAGCCCCCCUCCCACGCAACAAUCAAACAAGAGCCCUCUCCCUCGCCCUCGUCCCCAACCAGAGUCGCACCAAGCGAUUCUCAAUCAUCCAGCGUCGAUGGUUUAGUGGUAAAAUUCUCCGUUGCCAUCAAGCAGCGUCGGGGAGCCGGGGGUUCGAUUCCCCCUCGACGCAAUUCUUUUUUUUGGGGUUGAGCAAGGGGAUUGGCUUGCUGAGGGGUUACUGGUCCCGUCCUCAGGGCUUGAUAGCAUCGGUUAGUGUAAGACGCCACGGUGGUCAGCACGCGCAACCCCUACAAAAGGCCGCGGCGAACAUCACAUUUUUGGUACAACGACAUGUCAUCAAUGCGAGUAGUCGGCAAUAUCAAGAACUCUAUGCCCAGCACUUUCUCGAGCCAGGUUAUCACCAAACCCAAACCACACCCACGGGUCCCUUCUCACGCGAGGAUGUAUCUCAAGCCCUUCCCGCCGAUCUCACAACCCAGGAUGAUCAACUUCAGCCCAACUUCAAAUCAAGCCCGACCCUACCGGUAAUCCUCUCAGCCCUAGCAGACGCCAAGCUUACCACAAGCUUCAGCCUCAAGUUCUCCUCCCCCAGAGAUCUCCCCCUCCCAUCCCAUCUUCAUCCUCUCUGCACCAAUGAUAGCUACAUGAAUGACAUGACACCAACACCGACCUACAAGCCACGUCCACUAACGGCGGAAAGAUCCGAGAGGGACAGGCCGGAUCACCAACCCAAGGGAUCUCGCGCGACCAGACACUUGACAGAGGAAUUAGAUACCAUUAGUCUACUCUACCUACUCAACUCCCAACGCCGUCAUCACGGCGACGUAAAAUCAGCAAGACAACAUCACAUGGAUGCCACACGGCGACAGAAGACGUGCGGCUCCGCAGCCAUCUCCGACAAUCUCGAUCACCCGGGAGCCUUAUCCGGGAAACUCGACUAG